AUGGCUGGCCUUACAUCGGACAACAUUUCAAUAGCGUCCGCACGUCAAUACGGCUUUUCAAGGGAGCGUGACUUGUGCGUCUAUUGCGGGAAGAAUUCAAAGCCGCCGCCUACAGACCCGUUUGCGCCAGUCUUUGUCUUCUUCUCCCUCGUCGACUGCCGCCACUACGUGUGCCAGCCGUGCGCCCUCGUCAACUGCGACAACGCUGGUCGCUACAUUCGCUGCCCAACGUGUCACUCCAUCUCGCGUCUUGCGCAGACGGGUAAAAAGCGUACUGGACCCGACGAGUUGCGUGUGACGAUUGACGAUGGCGUAUCCUCUGCCGCCUCACACGCAUCACGCCGCUCGGUACGUGUUUCGGCAGACAACGUGCCGGCACGAAGCGCCCUUGCGAAGGCUGACCGCAGCAAAAAACGUUCUGCCUCUGUGCAGUUUUCGGCGAACCCGACGACGUCUGUUGUGCCGCCACCUGAGGAGAGUGAAAACAAAAAACGUGGAGAUGCUUCUGUAACUUCACCGCUGACGCGCGAUGCUGUUGGAAACCUGCCAAAGGAUCCAAGCUAUAGGCAGCGCGAGCGUAUGAAGGAGGUGGUGACGAGGUCGAACACCAGAGAAACUGUUGCAGUGAACCUGUACACCAUCAAGAGCUCCUCUGUGACGCGGCGUCGAUCUUCUGGCAGUCGUGCGAGCAGUGUGCCGUUGCCGCCGACUGAGCACCGUUAUCUCGCACCACCGAUACCUUUUGCGCCCCCGCCACCACUGCGUAUUCGUACAGUUGAAGAAGAAGAAGAAGAGGUAGGGGAAAAAGAUGUGCAACAGGAUGUGCAUGUGUCUCUUAGCGCUAUUGUAGCCGAGAUUGAAGAAAGCCUUCUUGCUGCCGUGGCGAAAGAAGCCCAGGAGCGCUCCACCAUUUCAAUGGCGGAGGAAUAUCGUCGCAAUGCCAUGAGUAAGCAGCGUGAGAUUCGGGAAAAGGAUAUGCUUGCAGCACAAGUAGAUAUCACGAGCGUGUUAGAUCUUGGUGUCAGUCCCCGUACCCCUCUUGACGUCUCGGAGGGACAAGUCAGCGCGACGUCGGAUGAUGAGACUCCAGCAAGCCUUCUCAAGAGACAUCCUGUUGCUCCACUGCUGUACGAUGAAGAAGAAAAGCAACCAGUUUCAGUAAUUGCAUCGGAUACAACAAUACAACCUGAGGGGACGCAGACAACUGAAGUGGUUUUGCAGAAACUUGAGGACACUGAAAGCAGUAUUGCACAUGAGAAAUUGGAGCCCAAAGAAGAAAUUGAGGAAUUGAAACAACGUGAUACUCAACUUUUGCAGCAUCAAUUGGAAAGUCUGCAGUCUGAAAUAAUUUCAGCAAUGGAAAUUUCAUUUGGGAUUGGUGAAAUUGAGGUACGAGAACGACAAAUGAUUGAAGGUGUGGAAGGUAUGGAGCGCCGUCUGUUGCAUAGUUCCCGUGUCCAAGCCGAGGUGGAGAUAAGUGCGUUUGAAGCUCAAAGACUGUCUGCCAACCGUGCAGCGCAGGCGGCAACAAACUAUAUUGCAUACAUCUCCAAGGAAUUUGACGAAUAUGCAUCAAGUGAGAUGGAGCAUCGUACUUUCAUUGAAGAUAUGCAGCGCUCCGAUUGGUCAACGCUGGAGAGGGAUUUCCAUGCGUCUUUGAAGAGAUUUUUUGAGGUGGAACUUCUUCGUUUGACCGAAAAGCAUCAGAUGGAGCUCACGCGGGCGUCCAUCACACUGACAACAGAAGAGACAAAGGCUCGUAUGUGGCUGGAGCAAAACGCAUUGGAUGAUCUCACGCGCCUCCACAUGAAUUCUAUAGAGGCGCUUGCUGAAUGUCGUCGUCAGCUUCAAAUGAAAGAAAUGCAGCGUGGGGUCUCGCGUAUUGUGGCGGUGCAGCAGCUGUACAUGCAGCACUUGUAUGAUCUUGCGGUGGAGGAGGACAACAAGCGGUGGAAAAUCCUUGAGGAAGAACAACGCGACCGUCAUGCGGAGUGGACGUCUUUUAUUACGACGGUACCCACUCUUAGGACGGCAACGGCGUCCCCAAGUUCCGUCACAUCUGCAUCCGUACGCGGGGCUUUGAGCUCUUCUCAUGCUCCCGAAUCUUCUCGCACUGCAGCAACGGCGUCCCUCUCUGUGGCGUCUCAGUACUUUGCCGCGUUGGUUGAAGAGGCGGAAUUAGAAGCACUGCAGCUGCAACAUAUGGAGCGACACGAACGUCACGCUCUCAUUAAUCUUUUUUUGGCUCAGUCUCAACGCCUGAAGGUCUGUGAAGCACCCAUGGACACAACAUAUUCCGAUACACCACUCUCACAGCGUGCAAUUGCUAAUAGUUGGCGACGUCUGGAGCUUCGAGAAGAGGAGAGGCGGAUUGAGCUGCAACAGCGAUCGUGGGCCUCAUUUCGUUCCAUUGUCAAAAAGGCAACAGAGGAGCAUGAACAAAUCGAUAGAAUGGAAAGAAUGCUGCGAUCCAUCGCGGAACGAUCACGGAGUGUAUUAAAUCGUUGCUUUGGUGAAGUGGAAUUGGCUCUGAUGGAUGAAGAAAAGCAUGAGCGUCAGAACAUAGAGGUCCAGGAGCGCCGUGCACGCAUGAAUCACUCCCGCGAGGCUGUGAGACACGAAGAGGUGCUUCUUGCUGGAGAGCGCUUGCUUCAUGACGCCUCUGGAACGCGUUUUUUGGAUGCAAUGGACGUUGCGGUACGGCAAUUCUCUUCGGAGGCGGUGCGUAUCGCACAGGAGGAACAUCUAGAACGCCUUUCUCUCGUGCAGGCAGAACGUUUUGAAUGCUUGUCACUUACAGCGCCUCUCGAAACACAGGCCCGGCGAAGCAAAAAAGAUGCAGUGGAAAAACUUUCAGAACUUCACUCUACAAUAGAAAAAACAACGGCGGAGGGUGCCUGGCGUGCACGUCUUGCUCUUGUGGAAACAGAGGAGCUUCGUGUCCGGGACGGUAUUUAUAACGAUGAGGCGGGUAACCGGUCAUGGUGGGUGACGGACGAGCGCCGCCAAAGGAUGGAAUUAACAUCUCUAGAAACAGAACGGCUCAGGCGAGCUAAAGAGGUUGCGCGGCUGCGUGACAAAAUGGGAGAGUGCGAAAGUGUUGAGGAGCAACGCCGUAUUGGAGUACAAAGGGAGGAGGCAAGUGCAUGGGCAACUCUCGUGAGGGAACAGAUAAGAGAUGCGGCCAACGCAUACAAGAAGGAGGGACAACGACGCAUAGAAGAAACACGUCGUGAGCGGUACGCCGAUCGGUCACAACGUUGUAGACGCGCCUUGGAAGAAUUGUUACAGGAUGAAGAUGAUGAUCGGCAUUACAUUUUUGAGGAUGAGCGGGAGGCACGUAGGCGGCUACGGCGUCAAGCUCUUCAGCUCUCGUGUGACAUUUUGGAAAAGAAGAAAAUUGAAGAAAACAUCCCGAGUCAGCCAGUGUUGGCAUCUCAAGGCAUUGGACAUGGCCCUGUAAAUGACCCCUCAGCCGUCACGGUUGACGAGGAGAAGAUAAGGCAAAAACGGUUAAAGGAACUCGCACGUGAGGAGGAGUUGAUUGAGGCGCAGACGCGUCUAAGGGAAGCGGAGCUCCGUAUUGCGGAAGAAGCAGAACUUCGCGCCAGGUCGGAGGAAGAAAAACGCGCGGCGCUGGCGGAGUCUGUGCGGUUGCUGCGUGAAGCCGAACAGCGAGCAGAAGAACGCAUCCGCCGGGCACGUCAAGAGGCAGAGCGAUAUGUUGAGCAGGAAGUGAGUCGAUUACGGGAUGCAAAUGAGCGGCAGGCAACACAUGCGGCGGCGCUGCGGGCGAUCGAGGAGGAAGAAAAAAGUGCGGUGGUUGAGGCGAAACUGCGGGCAGCGGAACAUGCAUUGAGGGAAGCGGAAAGACGCGCUGCAGAUGAUGUCCGUCGUGCCAAGGCAGAGGCAGAGGCAUUUGCGGCGGCAGAGGCGCAGCGUGUUGCCCUCGAGGCGAAGCGGCAGUUGCAGGAAUACCGAGAACAGCAGGAACAGCAGCUGCGGCAGAAGGACCUCGAGGUUCAGCAGAGACUGCGUGGUAUUGAGCAACAGGCGCAGGAAGCCAUUUUGGCGGCGAAAGCGGAGGCAAGUCGCCUGGCGGAAGAGGCGAAACGUCGGCUAGAGGAGUUGGAGGCCCGUCGCGUUGAGCGGGCGGCGGCUGUUGACGCCGCCAAAGUGAGUGUGCGUGCGGCUCAGCAGCGCAUGCGGGAGUUUGAGGAAUCUCGGGAAUCAACGCCUCAGCAGCCGCCAUUGGCGUGGCCCGUGGAAACAGCAGCCUCUACCGCCGAAGCUGCCACGGCGGCGGUGUUAAAAGGACCAAAGGAGGAGGGGAAGGAUGGGUAUACCCUCACUGCGGUGCUUUGCACCAAUGUCAUUCGGGCCGCCAUUCGUGGAGCAGUGGAAGAAGUUGUGAAGGCGACAAAGGAAGCCUGGUAUCUAUCCGAAGAGGCGGAGCACAGACUACGCACGGAGCGACGACGAAUGCGGAGACGACAAGCAGAACGCGAUCGAGCGGAGAAGGAGUUGAUUAAUGUCGAGAAAAAAAGCAUUCUGUGGGGAGAGGAGGAAGAGCAGGAGGAGGAAGAGGAAAAGGAAUCCAAACAUCGGGUUAACACCGGGGAUGACAAGGAGGCUUUCAGUACACCGCUGAAGCAAUCGACAAGGCGUCAGUAUCAUAAAAAACGAGAAGAGAAACAAUCAGUUCGUUUGCAACCUCCUGCUGAUGACGGUUGCGGUGUUUGCUACCGAAAAGAUACGGUAAGCCCCUGUGUGAAAUGUGAUUCGCAGGUGUGUCUUUACUGUGGCCCCGCUGCUGUCCACAGCGCAUGUUGUGAAGAACACCACAUCAAUGUUAUCAACGCCCACCGCCGUCAUUUGUCAGGGGAGCCACAAAAAGAGAAGCAUGAAACCAAAGAAGUGGAAAGAGAGAAUGGAGAUGACUCAUCUUUGUGGGAAGUGGAAGAAGCGGUGGCCGUGCCACGAAAAGAUGAAGUUGGGAGGUCACCGCUUGGUGUUCGUCGGAAGUUGUUGCCUGACGACUAUGAUGAAAAAGAAGAAAAGGAGGAUCAGGAAAGCGAAGCGAAAGAGGUCAAGUCACCUGGAAGCGUGGAAGAACCCAGGACAGUGCGAAAGCGGUACGAGGCCUUUUUUGUUCCGUUAUCCCGCGAUGCGGAGCCGAGGCGACCGAAGCCGCCGACGCCAAGAAAUUACGUGCCGGGUGUCUUUGCCGCAAAGUCCAAACAAAAAAAGGCGGAGAGGAGGUGCAGCCCGCCCGUACGGCGUGCACGCGCCAACAGACACAUGAGCGCCGCUGCUGCUGAGGAGUUGCAGCAGUUGCAGCGACGAUUCCCCAGGAAUGGCCUUAAGGAGCAUCUGGCAGCAGCCCACAACAACCAAAAACAACAGCGCCAGGAGUACCCACGCCAACCCUUCGCUUCGUUGAAUCCACAAUUUAGGGAGCCGCCCCCUGUCCACGCUGACUCGCGGCUGCGCAGACGCGAGGCCGAGCGGGUCGUCAUGGAGGAUCCGCUUUCUGCCUUUGGAAGGGCACCCUCUCCGAGUCAUUUGGGAGUUCAUUUCCCCGCCAAAACAAGACGCCCAUCGCGACGCAUGAUGGGGCGCAUUUCUCCCUUUGAAGCAUCAAUUGAGCUCGCUAAGGGCUUUGACGACUUUGCCCACCGCGACCCUACCGGCCUUGAGCGCACUUACUAUGAUGGAAAGCCUGUACGACCUAUUAAACGGGAUUAUAUGUCUGAUGAUCUGGCAGACUUAAGCAACCGCUCCAGUGUACGAAGGCAGCAUCAAGAACAGUACAGAUCACGGGCAAUGGAGUUUAGAGAGGAAGAGGGACAUGUAAACGUCAGUCGCGAACGCGUGUUCGUUACGAGUUACCAUGAAGUGCCUCUUUACAUGGGAACACAACGCCAUCACGAAUCGUUGCCGUAUAACUCACAUCAACGUGAAGAGUGCAAUGUGCGCACCACGCCAACACUACAUGAGUUAGAUCAGCGUCUUCGGCACCUUCGACAGCACCGCCUCUUUGAUCGUGUUUCUCAACGCUCCCCUGACCGUCACUGUUCACGUCAUCACUUCAAUCAGGAGGGUGAAAUUUACUGCGGCUGCCAUAAUGCAGGAUCAAGUAAGAUACGACGGCCCACACCAUGCUCCCAUGAUCCUUGUAUCACCGUUCACCUCUUUCCUGACACCCGUAUUCCCACAACAGCAGCCGGACCAAUGAAAAUGACACGCGGAGGAAGCAGCCGGCGAAAUACCAGCCGUACUGAUAGACGUUCAACGCUUCGGGUUGUAUCACCGCCAUGGCGAACAGAACUCAAUUCUGGACCACUGCGACCGUCGUGGAGUUUUGAGCAGCCGCACUCAUUUAUAACGAAGUCAUACAAACGAACUUUGUUGCCGGUCGAACCGUGA